CAACACUCCAUUAAAUAACGAUGAAAAAUGACAUUUCUAUAAAAUUAUAAAUUAUAAAUCACCCUGUGUUUUUGCCAUCUCUGCUUUGAUUGGAUGUUCCAUCCAUACGAAAAGUAAAAAGUUUUCUAGCUGACGGACUGUGAAAAUUAAAGGGGGAGGUGCGAACGAAAGUGAUUUGUCUUUAAUUCGAAGAGAUCUUCGCUUCAAAUAAUUUUUUUUUUAUUUCCAACCAAAUAAAAAGAAAAGGAAAAUCUUAACAAUAAAACUACCAACUUAUAACUUUGCAAAACCUAUUUUGGGACAUCUUCGCAGCUGGUUUUGUUUCAAAGAGGAAACUUUCUACAAACAAAACAAAAAGAACAAACAAAUUUAAGUUAACACACAAAACCAGAACAAAAAACAAAACACACGAACUCAAAAUGGCUCACGUCGGACGAACAGUAAAAAAUCUAGAAGCACCACGUCCGCUCAAGUCUCAAUCGAGACCAAAUCUAAAAAACAAUUACAUGCUCAUUGAAGAACUAAUUCAGUUAAUUGAAAAUGUUGCCUUGAAUUUAGCCUCGGGUAUUAAUAAUCCCGAGCCAAUGGUGUCUCUGGUGCAAAAUCUACGGGUUCAUGGACCGCAAUUGGAGAAUGUUUCCAAAGAUACGCUCGACAGAGCAUUUGUAGUGUUUCGGAAUGCCUCACAGGAUGAGCGACUGAACAUUAUGACUAGACUGAAUCUACUUGAACUGAUUGAAUUGAGAGCCAAAGGUUGGCAAGACAAUGGUUUCAAUUCGUAUUACAAAAGCAAAGCAACAAAUGUUGAACCUGAAAGUGCAAAUAAUCAUACAGUAGUUGUUGAUCAAUCAUCUGAGUAUUUAAGCACCUCCCCCACAAUGGGUGGAGUUAAUACAGCUCGACUACAACAAACACAGCUCCUUGGUCCGGGCGAAAUCAUCCGUAACUCUGGCAAAUUUCCCAAGCCAACAAAGAUUCCCGGUAAAACUUAUUGCAAAGAUGAAGUUGUCAUCCGAAAUGCUGAUUCUGGCAAAGUUAUGGGCAUUAAGGGAAGACGAGUCCAUAUGAUUGAGGAGUUAAGUGAAACGAUAAUAUCUUUCCAAAGAGUAAAUCCCGGAGCCAAAGAGAGGUUGGUGCAGAUAACUGGACCAAGCGAGGAAAAGAUUAAUUACGCUAAGCAACUUAUCGAAGAUACAAUUCGUAGAAACGCAUCGCCUGUCCGUUUGGACCCUUCAAUGGGUGGUGGACAUAGCGGUGGAGGUGCUGGUGGCUCAUGUAGUUCUCUAGCUUCAUCUGCAUCGGAUGAAACCCAACCGAGAACUGGUGGUGGCGGCGGCGGCGGCAGCAGCAGCAUUUCUCACAACAUCCCCAAUCGAUUGAGUCUUAAUUCAACGUCGGCUGGUAAUUUCCUUUCUAGCUCGACAACAAGUCCCAAUUUGAUGGCUUCGACACCAUCAAAUAAAAUGAUGCGCAACAAUCAGCAAGCAUUGCUUCAUUCGUUCUCAACAAACGAUGCUUCACUUGGCGAAUACAAGUACACGGUAAAUGUGGGUCAGCAUUUAAUUAAAAUAACUGGAGAUUGCUGUGAUUUAGUCAGAGUAGCGAAACUGGUACUCGACGACUAUUUUAGCAGCAAUGAGUUCCUUGCAUCUGUGGAAGCAGGUGCAGCCUUCGACGGAUCGAUGGUCAGCCCAAUAUCGACACCAAGUACUCCAAUGGGUCCUCCUCAAUUUGUGAUGGGAACUCCCCUUCAAAUGGCUCCUCCCUUGGCGGACAGUGGAAUCGGGUUAAACUAUAUGGCCGGACAAAUUUCAAACACAAUGGCUGAAGGCGAUGAUGAUGUCUUUGUAGAUGCCUCAUCGCUUAGUAAUGGUUUAGCCCGUUCUAGAAGAAGCCAUUUUUCACGUAAAGACUCAGUGCCAGAAAGCAAUCGUAUCAAGAGCGAAGGAUCUAAUGCGGACUCUGUGCGAAUUGUCCACGAAUACGAACAUUUGUUGUUCUAUUCAAAAAGUCCACAUUCAUGGUCAUUGCCCAGUGAUUGGCAGAAAAUCUGUGAGCGAUUUCCAAAGAUCAUAAGGAACAAGAACAUCAACGAUGAGACGGAUCGAUUUGACGGUGAGAAAUACUUGGAGCUGGUAAAAUCAUCCAGCAAACGAAACUUAGCAACAGCUGAUGAAACGACAAUUGAUACAGACAACCCCCAUGAUAACGAGUGAAUCAAGAGAUAUUAUUUUUUGUAUUAAUUUUAUUUAAAUUCUUUCAGUUUUUUUGUUCUCUUCUUUUUCUUUCUAUUAUUAUUAUUAUUUGAUUGAUGAUUGAAUUAUUUAAAUCAUCAUCAAUUAAAAGAGAUCCUUUAUUUUUGUGCGAAGAAUUAUUAUAUUAGCGAAAUAUUCGUAUAAAUAAGUGCAAUUAGUUUAUUUUUUGUCUUCAAAAAAUAUCAACACUAAAAAGCGUUGUUUUACACAUAAAAGAAAAACAAACUAAAAAAUUUAGACCUAAGUUCUAAUCACAUUUAUUCAAACAUCAUACACACAAUUUUUAUCUAUUAACGAAGAUAAAAUAUUCUAGCUUUCCAAUUUAUUUUUCUUUUAAGAUAAAACUAAAACAUAUUAAAAACAAAAGAAUGGAAUGAUGAUGGAUUAGAUUAGGGACUACUAGUUUUUAUUUAAUAUUGAUUUAGCAGCACAAUAAGUUUUGCUAGGAAAGGGUCAAUAGAAAAACGUGUGCAGUAAGUUUUAGGUCCUUAUUAUGAAUAGUAAUUCGAACAUUCAACCCAAAGCGAACUUAUAAUACUUAGAGAGAUGGACUUUGUCCAUCAAAAUAGAGCAACAUUUCCUUAACCGUCUCCUUUGACUUUCCAAGUGAACAUAAACAUAGGAGUCACGAAUUUGAGUUUAUCAUUUGAAUCGCUUUUCAUAAUAAGGGCCUAAUUUAAAUACAUAUGUCUUUGCGAGACGUUUAAAAAAAUCGGUUUAAGGUUUAUUUUUUUUAUAAAAUGUAACAAAAAUUUAAAAAAAAAUAAUACCCCAUGAUUCUUUUCAAUUCAUCCAUCUCAUAAUUCGUUUUCCGCAUUUUACUAAUAUAAUUUUCAUCUAAACUCAUCUUAGACUUGUAAGCUGUCAAGGUAGUUUCUUGUGCGCUUUCUUUUUUUAGGGUUUUCCAUUCACAAGUUUUAUGUGUUAAUGUUUCAAAUAAAGCAAAAUCAAAUCACUGGAUUCAAUUACUGAUUGCUUCCAGAAAGAAGUACUGUUUUGAGGUUCUCGAUUUUCCUUUUGGAACAAAGAAAAUGUUUAAACCCUCAUUCAUUUAGGAAACAAGCAUUUUACUUCUUCAAUCAUACAAGGCAGAUGUUGUAAACUGAAUGAAAAAAGAAAGAUCUUGUCUAUUUAUCUCAGAAACAUAAAGUUUCCAAUAUUAUCAGCAAGGUUCUAGAAAUUGAGUGACAUUUAGAAACUCCUUUGACCAGGCGAUAAUUUGUCCACUAUUUUUUUAUUUCAUCUCGAAUGCAAGUGAAACACAGACUCGAGCUAAAUUAUAGUGCAAGAAUUUGAUAAGCUUAAAUUAAGAAGGUUUACUAUUCAUGCUGCCUUUUAGGGAUCAUCAUAAUUUUUAAUAACAAAGAAAUAACUUCAUUGGACUUUGUUAUUAACCUAAACAUAAUGAAAGCAUUAAAAAUAAAAAUGAAUUAAAUUCCUUACUCUAUCAAAAUAUAUCCAAAAAGAAAAACGUAUAUCAAUUGAAACUUUACUUCCUUAAUAGAAAAAUUGAUUAAAAAUUGUAGUAUGUUGUUUACUGCCUUAAAGAAAAUAAAAAAAGAGGUCUAAAUUUUAAAUCGUUAAACAAAUUUCGUCUAACAUAAUAAUGAUGUAUUUUAUUUUUGUUAUUUUUGUUUCUUUUUCCUUUUUUAUAAUUUAUUUAAUUUAUUUCAAAAAACAAAGCAAAAGCAUGCAUAUAUCGAAAAAUUAUCUAGUCUUCUAAAGAAAUUAAUCAACCAAUUAAAAAUAAAACUAAAUUUUAUUAAUUAAAAUAUUAUUAUUAUGCUUAACAAAGAAAAAAAUUAAUUUAUAAUAAUAUAUUUUAUAAAUUUCUUUUUAAUAUAUCAUAAAAUUCUUAUAUUGUAUAUAAGAAAAAAAACAACACAAAAUUUAAUACUUUCCAAUUUAUUUAUUUUUUUGUUUUGUUUUAUACUUGUGUAUUCAAUUAUAUGAUGAUAAUAAUAAUAAUGAAUAAUAAUUUAUAAAUCUUAAAUAUUCAAGUAACAGUUUAAAAUAAAAAAAAAACAUUGCAAGGCUAGGUCCAGAAUGAGUGCCUUUGAGAAAUAAAAUUGUAUACACUCGAAAGAUAGUUUUUAAAUUUGAUUUAGCAAGAUGAUAAAUACAAAAUAAAUAAUUUUUGAUACAUUAAAGAACAAGUUUCAA